UAUUUUUCUCUAUUUCUUUUAAAGAUUGUCAACCACAAAACUUAAAAUAAUCUUGUGCAGCAGCUGUUUUUUUUGUGCCUACACAUUAAAUAUAUUUGAAAAUGGGAUGGUGUUGGAGUUUAAGUUGCCAGCCUUCACAUAUAUUUAUGAACUAUUGAUCUCUCUUCUCGUAGUGGCAGAGAUGAUUAUGUUACAUCACCUACAAGGUUUAAAGAAAGUCUCUUUCUGGACAUUUUCUCACUAUUAAUGAAUGCGUCAUUACCAACAAUAAUUGUAAAUUCACAAGUAAGAAAUCAACUUUAACAUAUAUGUUUUCUACUCGUUCAACUUUUCUCCUCAUGUGUUAAUGUUAGCAAUAAACUCAAACUGUCAAAGGUCAGACAUUUGUCUAUGAGAACACGGAGAACAUUGAUUAUCAGAGAGCAAUCAGACAGCAAAGAUCGGUCCAAAGUUCCCUGCUAUGAAAGACCAACAGGCAGAGAGACGUGGCAGAGAUUCGAGACAGGAGGGAACAAGACGAGCAUCUGAGGAUUACAUGUGACGACAGAAAAGAAAGUAGAAGGCGUCAAGAAGACGAGACCGCUUCAUCCAACCGAGAGAUCUACUGUUUCUGAGACGAUGGACAUCCUUGAGACAUAUAACUAUGACAAGCGGCAGAGGAGAAACACGUCCUGCGCUCUCUUUCUUUCUCUCCUGCCUUUCUUUUUGUCUGCAGCGGUGUAUUUCUACCUGUGGACACCUGACUCACCCGCAUCCAUCACAUCUGCUGGUGUCAAAUCAGCACCAGUACUCCUAUUGGCUGCAGCCGUGCUGAGCUGGAAUGGAGGUCGCAGUGUGCUGGGUGUGGUGGGAGGAUUGGUUUUCUCUGCUGUUGGCGACUGCUGCUUAGUGUGGCCUGAGCUGUUCCUUCAUGGAAUGGGUGCAUUCGCUGUGGCUCACCUGCUGUACUCGAUGACCUUCCUCUCCAGUCGUUACGCAACAUAUGCCUCCUCCUCUUCCUUCUGGACUCGCUCUCUCUAUCUGAUCCUGCUCACGCUGGGAGGAGGUUUCUACAUCUACAUGUAUCCAUUCCUGCAGAAAGUGCCAAACUCUGAAAUACUGCUUCCAGCUGUGGGGCUCUACAUCGUCCUUAUUGUUCUGAUGGGGGCAUUAGCCAUCAGAACCCACAACGUGGCAACGCUGUUAGGGAGUUUGUCCUUCAUGGUGUCUGACCUGUCACUGGCUGUGCAAGUUUUCAAGGCGACAGCCCCGAUGGAGCACGGUCACGCUGUCGUCAUGGUCACGUAUUAUUUGGCCCAGCUACUAAUCGCUGUGGGCGAUGUAAAUGCAGUGGAGGAAGACUUGUCAAAAUGGAAGUGGUCCUAAACAACGUCCCAAGAGUCUGAAGUAUCUCCAUCACCCUGGUAAAAUCAUACAAACUAUAAAUCCUUUAGGUUUUGGAGUUUCUAAUAUCAACCCAUCAAAUUCUGGAAAAGAGGGGGAUAGAAGGAGGACAGUACUGGUC